AUGAUCCAACAUGGAGGUUUCAAAAUUCAACCGUAUACGAAUCAUGAUUAUUUCGUUACGAUAUCAUCCAAGGCUUCUAAAGAGGCUAAAAAUCAUAAAGCUAGAACAAUAUUCAACAUAUUGCAGUUUUAUAAACUUUGCAUCACUCUACCUAUAAAAAUUACCAACACUUUAGACUACUACUAUUUUAGGAUUCAAACAAUGGUUAUGUUAUAGUUAUAAUAGAGUUCAGCUUUAUCAUUUUAGAAAUUCGUUCAAUAUUUUUAUACAAUUCAAAAAUUAGAUCAAUAAGAUUAAAAGUAAAUAGUCACUCUAGUAUAGUGUGAUAUACCAACUAAUUAUAAUGAAAUUCUACUAACUAUUUGUGAAAAUGUGGAAUCUUUGUGGAAUUAUAGAUUAUUCAAUUGGAUUUGGUUACUUUCUAUAAUUGAUCCUCACUAGAAUUAUUAAAUCAACAAAGGAAAUGCGAAUAUCAUUAUCCUAAUAAUAGAUUAAUUGAGAUCUGAUGAUAGUAAUAUGCAGCAGUUCUAUUAAGUAUUUUUAAUUUUGGUAUCAUACUUUGAUAUCGGAUUCAAAAAAAGUGAUGAAAUGAUUUAAGAAUCUCAAAGUCAGAACUCUUAGUUAAAAAAUGUACAAUGA